CGAUCACCUGAGCACACCCUACAGUUUCGUUAUGCCGUUCUCUCUCUAUGGCGAUUUAUCUAGCCCGACCUCUUAUAAUAAGAAGAACAACGAUGAUAAUAAAUCCACCAAACCCGCAAUAACUUCUUUUGGAUUGUACGACGCCAUCUCAGGUCCCGGGGUGGAUGCAGCUGCUUCCACUUCUACUUCGCCUGCAUCCUCUACUUCCACCGCCGCCGCCACCACAUCUACUACCAAUGUCACAGCCUCAGCAAUAACUCCCUCAGCUGCCACACCACCCGUGAAGCCUGCUGGCUGGUCAGCCUACAAACAGUUUCGACCUGUGAUGCGUAAACCGACGAUUCAGGCCAAGCCAAAACUGAAUCGACCUGUUAUUCCAGCGGGAGCCACCAUCGUCUCCGAGACUGUAGUCACCAAAGAUCAAGCAACGAGCAACGACACUAUCUUUUCAGAAAAGACGAGUUCGCCCUCUCCACUGCCACCACCACCACCUUCCAUGUCCGUGAAAAUCGACGCCCUCCCUUUCAUUAGCACAGCAGACGAUGUCAAUGGUUUUCGAGCGGUACAACAAUCCAAAAAAAAAGGAAAAAAGAAGGGAAAAAAGAACGAUCAGGCCCCACCACCUAUGGACAUGAACGAAGAUUACGAUCCACAACGACCCAACGAUUACGAGCAAUACAAAGAGGAGCGUAAGUUACAGCGGGAAGCGAGGAGAAGAGAGCAAUUACAACGACGACGUGCCGACCGAUCUCGGUCACGGUCAAGAUCACGCUCGCUUUCACCAUACUCUGAUCGCAGCUAUAACUCCCGAUCGCCCAGUCCCCGAUCACGACGCGUUUUUGCUCCUCCGCCAGAAUUAUACCAAUCCCCGUCUAGGCCCUCCUUAUCUCCAGAAAGAAGACAUACAUCGGAAGACUAUCAUAUGAGAAGAGCAGAACCUGCAAGGAUCAAUUUGGACGAGUCGGCCGACGACGCAUAUGCACGUCGAGCCAAUCUAGCAAAGAUGAAUCUGAAUGAAUCAGCCGAGGAUGCUUACGCUCGGCGAGCCCAACUUUCUCAAGGACCCGUCAACGACGCAUCACGCCAUAUGAGAGACAUGGAUGACCGUGGCAUGAGCUAUGAUAUGCCCAGACGCGUGCUCACGAAAUAUGGAUGGCAAGACGGUCAAGGUUUAGGUCGGGAUGAAGAUGGCAUGUCGGAAGCAUUGCAAGUGCAAGCAACGGGACGAGGUAGUGGAAGAAUCAUGCAUCCCUCUCAGUAUCCCAAACCCUCCUCAUUUUCUCAACCCAUGCCACCUGCUCCACCGCCAUCCCAAGUUAUCUUAUUGACGAAUAUGGUUGGCCCUGGUGAGGUGGACGAAAUGUUGCAGGAAGAAACGGCGGAAGAGUGUGCGAAAUACGGCAAAGUGGAGCGUUGUCUAAUAUUUGAGGUGGCGAAUGGGCAGGUCCCCGAUGAAGAAGCGGUGCGUAUAUUUAUAAAGUUCACCACUAAAGACGCCGCUCAACAUGCUAUCACGGAUCUGGAUGGUCGCUAUUUCGGAGGUCGCGUGGUCUUUGCUCGAUUCUAUGAUUGCGACAAGUUUGAUCGAUUACAAUUGGCUCCCAGUCCAGAAGAAGUGUCCGCCUUCAGACGUGGUCCUCCUCCUUUAUAAUCCAGACAGAAACGGGAGAA